AUGGCGAUGGUAGUAAUAGUGGCGGUAACUGCAACGUUUCGAUCCACAGACUUUUCGAGAAGGAAGGAUAAUUAUGAUAGCAACGUGAAGGAGGCACAUAGAGGAUGCCAUAAAAUUAAGUCGACAGACGGAUGCACUACCACCGGAAAAGCAGCAGUAGCAGUACUAGCAGUACUAGCAGCAGUAGCAGUAAUAGCAGCAGUAGCAGUACUAGCAGUACUAGCAGCAGUAGCAGUAAUAGCAGCAGUAGCAGUACUAGCAGUACUAGCAGCAGUAGCAGUAGCA